AUGCUUUCAGUAUAUCUACCGCAACUUCGGCCUUACGCGACUGUAAGGCCUUCGCCAAGGCGGUCGUUUUUGAACGGCUGGUGGAUGUCUUCUCUGAAGUUGUUCUCAUGUUGUGAACGAAAAAAUUCAAGCAGAAACGAGGAUCGGCGACGAAGCAGUCAGUUCACGGGCAACGAUCAGGAGCGCGUGCUUCGAGCGAACGACCGCGAGUUCAAUGAACAGUUCAAAUACGCUGUUUGUCCCCAUUCAUGA